GUCGAUCACCAUAAGAUAGAUACAUGAAUGACACUCCCAGCUUCAUUAGAGUUCAGUAAAUCAGUAUGGUCUAGCACCAUACGCAGAGUAGUCUUCUUCUCUAUUUGGGCAGCAGUUAUCGUUCUAUACGGAGACAAAGAAAUAAUGUCUGGCGUAUGUAAAGCGUCAAAAAGCCUAACAAUGAUGGUAUCAAUUGUGAUUGGAUUACUAGUAUCAAUGCGAGCAUCCUCUUCAAUACAACGGUGGCAAGACGGUAGAAAUCUUUGGUCUAAUAUCCAAUCAAGCACGCGAUCUUUCCUUAGAUUAUCGUCCUCUAUAUUUGAUAGAAAUAGCGAUACUGCAUAUGAUAAUACAAUAGAAGAAUUUAUAGGAUUGAUAUUAUCCUUUCCAGUAGCAUUGAAAUAUCAUCUCAGAAACAAAGAAUUUAGAGGUUUAGAAGAGCACGAUCUUAGAGUACUCUUGCCUAGGGGAUACUUAGCUAGUUUGAAGAAGUCCUUCCCAACGAGAGUCCACUUUGAAGCGUCACCUUCACCGCAGCCGCCUUCUCGAUCUUCUUCCUUAGCUAGCCAUCGCGAGAAAGACAAAGAGUUUAAGACACCUACUGUUGUUAGAAACGUCAAUUUCAUGGAUUUGGAUCCAUUGAAUGACGUAAGAAGAAGACCAAGUUAUGAGACGAGCGAAUUAGAAAAGCAGCACGAACAGCUUAACAUUAAAGAAAGUGAUGAAAACUUGAGUGUACCUCGCUCAGUGCUUAGUAACUCAAGACCAAGUAACAUUCCUUUGUCUGUCUUACGUUUAUUACAAGUUUAUUUGAACGGAUUUUACAAUAACCGACCAGAAAGAAGAAAUGAUAACAUGAAAACGCAUAUUGACACUCCAUUAUUUGUCAAUAUGAUUGGAUAUUUGAAAGAAUUGACCGAUUUGAUGACACAGGCUGAGAAAAUCAGAGAUACCCCAAUCCCUCUAAUUUUAAGCAUACAUCUCAAUCAAGUACUUGCACUUUAUUUAUUGGCAAUUCCACCACAGUUGGUUAGUAGCUUAGGCUGGAUGUCUAUACCGAUAACUGGCUUAGUUACAUUUUUCUUCUGUGGUAUUGAUGCUAUAUCAUCAGAAUUAAGCGAACCAUUUGGAAGCGAUUUAAAUGAUCUUCCAAUAGAUAAAUACUGCUUGGAUAUUAUAAAAGAAGCACAAGACAUUGGUGGUUACGCUAGUUCAGUAUCUCGGAACGCACUUGGUGACGGACUAGCGAACAAACCAAGCUCUAGCUUUAAACCAACACCCGUAAGGGGUUCAGAUUGGAAGCCCUCUUGCUUUGUAUUUUAAUUUUAUAUUUUUA